CUAACUAUCAUCAUGGGUAGCUUAAACGUUAAUCGCAAUGUUAGCGAUGCUUUUUAUCGGUAUAAAAUGCCAAGAAUUCAGGCAAAAGUCGAGGGUAAAGGUAAUGGCAUUAAAACAGUUAUUGUUAAUAUGAUUGAAGUUGCAAAAGCUAUUGGAAGACCUGCAACUUAUCCGACUAAAUAUUUUGGCUGUGAAUUGGGUGCACAAACGCAAUUUGAUUUUAAAAAUGAACGAUUUAUUGUCAAUGGGUCUCAUGAGGCAGCUAAGCUUCAAGAUCUACUGGAUGGUUUUAUUAGAAAGUAUGUUCUAUGUCCGGCUUGCGAUAAUCCAGAGACGGAAUUAAUUGUCAGCGCUAAAAAAGGAACUAUCUCACAGGGCUGCAAAGCUUGUGGUCAUCAUGGUUUGCUGGAGAGUAAUCAUAAGUUAAAUACUUAUAUUCUGAAAAAUCCACCUAGUCUUAAUCCAGCGGCUCAAGGCAGCUCGUUGACUGAAGGAAAACGUGGCAAGCGCUCCAAAAAGGUCAAUGGUGAUUCUAAUGGUGAUCGUUCGGGAUCUCCGGACAAUGAUACUAGUUCUACUGAUAUCGUUGUUGAGGCACCGGAGAUUAUCAGUGAGGACAAGAAAUCUAAUGAUGAUGGGGUUGAUGUUAAGUGGGCCGUUGAUGUGUCGGAUGAAGCGGUCAGAGCACGGCUUCAGGAUCUCACUGAGGGCGCCAAGGGCAUGACUAUUAGUGAGGAUUUGGACAAAAGCGAGAAGGAGCGUAUGGAUAUUUUUUAUAAGCUUGUUAAGACUCGACGCGAUGCGGGGCAACUUGAUAAUCAUAAGGAGCUUCUUACUGAGGCAGAACGACUUGAAAUUAAGACCAAGGCUCCGUUGGUUCUUGCUGAGCUGUUGUUUGAUCAGGGGAUCGCUGCUCAGGUUAAAAAGUACCGGGUUUUGCUGCUGCGUUUCACUCAUGAUGAUAUUAAAGCACAAAAAUAUUUGAUACGCGGUAUUGAACAGGUCAUUGCCCUACACAAGGACACGCUUAUGCCUAAAGUUCCUGGUAUUCUCAAGCUUUUUUACGACAAUGAUAUCCUAGAAGAGAAAGCUUUGUUUGAAUGGGCGAGCAAAGUGAGUAAGAAGUACGUUUCAAAAGAUAUAUCACAUGAAAUUCAUGAGAAAGCAGCUCCAUUUAUUACCUGGCUCAAGGAAGCUGAGGAAGAAGAGUCUGAGUCUGAGGAUGAGGACGAAGACGAGGAUGACGAUGUUGAGAUCGAGUACAAUGACAGAGCUAUUCAGCCGCUCAAGCAGCAACAACAGCAGAACCAGAAGGCCGCAGCUAAGGCUGUGGAAGAAGAAGAUGAAUAUAAUGAUAUUGACAUUGAUGACAUUUAAGUAAACAUUGAUAUGCAGUAUCAAUUAAUUUUUCACUGGCAAUAUUUGAUUAAAUGGAAAGAUAUUUAAAUAUACACACAAAUUGUCACUUAAACUUCUGUACACCUCGGAGCUCAACGGACACUAGAAACUUCCUAUUGAAAAAUUUUUUUUAUUUUUAUCAAUUUUUCGUUACUUUUUUUUUACAAUUAAAAAUGUUUUAAAUUACUACCUGCCUUGUCCUCGCAUGUAGUUUUCAAUUAAAAGUUGAAAUUUUUUUUUUUUCCAUUUAUACCAUUAUUAUUAAGGCCGUUUUUCAUUGUAUCUUGAAAUAUUCUAAUUAAAUAAAAAAUAUAUGAUUUAUCGCAUAAA